CACACAAGCAUAGUAUCAACCAUCUCGCGCUCGCUGCUCGACGUUGCCCACUCGACAACGCCAUGAAGCUGCACCAGUUCAUCCAGGCGUUCGCCGAGCCGCUGCGAAACGAGGACGCGACGCCGCUCCUCCGCCUCCUCGACAGCCGGAACCGCACCGCGCGCGGCCUGUCCCAAACUGUCGGCCCGAUCGAUGACAAGCGCCUCCAGAACCCGGGCCACACGCUCCCCGAGCCAUGGGACGGUAUCGCCGUGCGCCACUGCGCCGCCGUGCACGCGCUCUACAACAACGACUAUGCUUCGGCAUAUUCACACCAGCACCAACUGGUCAUUCUCUUCUUCCGGUGGUUCCAGGAGCAGCCGGCAUGGGCCCUCCCCGUGCUCUAUCUUGUUCUCCGGGACCUGCGCGAGCUCGCCGAGCAGGCGGACGCCGCGACCUUUAGCACCGGCGGCAUGCCCAGCCUCGAGGAGUGCACCCGCACCGUCUCCAAGGCGUUCAGCAUAUGCGCGACCGACCGCACCUUCAAGGGCGCGCAGAGCCGUCGUAAUGGCGUGUACCAUGUCGCGUGUCUCAGUAUAAAGUGUUACUUCAAGGUUGGCAAGCCGAACCUUUGCAAGAACAUUGUCCGCGCCGUCGUCAGCGAUCCCAAGACACCACCGGUCGACGAAGCCCCGCUCACAGACCAGGUCACAUGGCACUACUACAUGGGCAUGUUGGCGUUCCUCAACGGCGAGGACAAGAAGGCGACAGACGAGCUCACCUGGGCACUGCUACACUGCCCCGCCGACGCCGUCCGUAACCAGGAGCUCAUCCUCACAUACUUGAUCCCCCUGCAUCUCCUUCGAGGCUCCUUCCCCCGGCCCAAGCUGCUCGAAGCCCACCCCCGCCUCGCCGAGACGUACGCUCCGUUUGUCAAGGCGACCAGGAACGGCGAUAUCGCCGACUACGACGAGCAUCUCGAGGCGGCUCAGACGCGUCUGGUCGGCUUGAAUACCUACUUGGCUGUCGAGCGUGCGCGCGAGGGAUGCCUGCGCGUUCUGUUCAAGAAGGCGUGGAUUGCGAGCGACAAGAGCUCGCGGGUGCCCAUCUCGACGUUCCAAACAGCACUCAGGUUGCAUGGCGUCAAUGUCGACAGCGAUGAGGUCGAGUGCAUGGUCGCAAACAUGAUCUACCGCGGCUUCAUCAAGGGGUACAUCUCACAUGAGAAGCAGAUGGUCGUCUUGGCAAGCAAGACGCCGCCAUUCCCGGCGCUCGCAUCAAUGGUCCGGUAGUCUGACAUCCGCUGUAUUUCGUAGUCGCAUUUGCAUUGUCAUCACAUACUA